AUGAAGCCUGUAUAUUUUGUCAUCAAAAAACAAAAAAAGCAUCGAUCCAAAAGAUUACCUUUACAUGUUUCCAAUAAAAAGGAUGAAAAUGAGGAAAAUUUCACGGUGUUGAUUGAGCAAGUUAAAAAAUACGAUAAUUCAAAAAUACAUUAUCAUAGAAAUUGUCUAUUAGAUCACUUUUAUAAAGUAUCCCCGAAACGCGAAACAAGUGAAACUCACUGGCAUGAGGUUCGUCAGCAUCAUCAAGCUGCUUUUGAUGAAAUGUGUGCUUUUAUUAAAGAAAAUAUAAUACAAAAAGGACGAUGCUAUUUUUUGACAUAUCUUCAUAGAUAUUACAUGGAGUUAUUUGGAGAAAAGGUUGAAAAUUCAGACGAAAUUAUUGGAAAUUUUACGCCACAGAAAUUAGAGAGUAAAAUAGUUAAAUCAUUUGAUAAAGAAAUGAAAUUUCUUAUAGUUCAAAAUAAAAAGUUAUUAGCUCCAAAACAUUUAACAGCUAUUGACAACCAAUCAUUUGAACAAUUAAAGGAGGAAGACAUUUUGUUACCAAACGAUAUAUCAUCAUUCACUGAUCAUGACAUACAGCAAGAUAUGUUCAACACGAUUCAAAAGUUCAUUUGCGAUGUCUACAAUGUGAAUGAAAUAAUUGACGUUGACGCUGCCCGGCUUCAGCUCUUCAUAAAUAGUUACACCGUUUCGAGUGUAAAUGAAGAAUUUCACCGUAAGAACAUAAAAAACUUCGAAGCUAGUAAUUUACCACCUUGCAAAAGUGAACUUCUUCAGCAAUUCCGUCGAGCAAAUUACAUUGCAAGUAUUUGGAAUAAUGCUAAUACAAAACUACCCAGCAUUUUCACUCCUGAGAACAAUGGGUGGACAUUAAAAGAGAACCAAUAUCAUUUUAACUGGUUCGAUGGUGAUCAAUUACCAGCCUUUGUCAGUGAAUCACUCCAGGAAGAUACAGAGAAAGCUGCUAGUGUUGAUAAUGGUGAUGAUGAUGAUGAUUGGAACGUCAAAUACCAACAUUGGCUCGACGAUGAAAAUUCCAAUAACACUGUCGAUGAUGACUAUGAGGAUUGA